AUGGAGCAGGGAUUCUACCCCAAACGGUGCACCAGUAGCAGCUUAGCAGAAACAAUAGCCAGCAUAGAACAAGUCCUUACCGAAAUCCUUGUGCGUGUGCCAGCUAAACCCCUAGUACGCUUCAAGUGCGUCUCCAAGCAUUGGCUUUCUCUUAUUUCCGACCCAAAAUUCUGUCACCGCCACACCCUUCAAAACCCAAAUCCUCCUGUCUCUGCUGUCUUUUGUGACAAAUCCAACCGAAUCUUUUGUUUCAUCCCUAUUGAUUUUGAUCACUUGCGUGGAGCUUGUAGUACUAGUAUUAAUACCAGUAACCAUGAAAUCCAAAACCCAUCUCCGUCUAGCUCACCCCCUUUCAAUCCUCUUAAGUUUGCUCAAAACCAAUAUCAUGCUGACAUCAAAAUCAUCCAGUCCUGCAAUGGCCUCUUCCUGUGUCGUCUACUUUAUUCUCCAAAGCAAGGCCCCCCAUAUUUUAUUUUCAAUCCUACAACCAACCAGUUCUCCACGCUUAUUCCUCCAGCUACUGGUGAAGGAGUACAACCUUGUGUCAUCUCUAUUGCUUUGGCUUUUGACCCUUCCAAGUCACCUCAUUACAAGGUGGUCUGUCUUCGAACCAUUGAUGGAUCCAUAGACGGCACUAUCUUUCACAUAGCGAUAUAUUCAUCUGAGACUCAUAGUUGGAGGAUUCUCGAUUCAACUUUCAAGAGGGUAUCUUCCAUCCUCUAUUCACGCGUGCUAUACUGGAAUGGAGCAAUUAAUUGGUUAGGCAUGUAUAAUGAUGUAGCAUACUUUCACGUAGAUGAAGAACGCGACAGUUAUGUUCGUUUACCUCCUCACUUGUACGAUAGGUUAAAUGAGAGUAGAAAAUAUAGAUACUUUAUGGAGUCUAGUGACGGCCACCAUUUGCAUCUUAUUGAUAUUUUUCGGCAUUCUCUCACUAAAUUUGAAGUGUUGGAGAUGGGAAAAGACUACUCUGGCUGGUUUGUUAAGUACGUUGUUGACCUAGAUCCUAUAUGCCGCCGGCUGACCCCGUCUGAACGAUAUGUUGUUUUAUUUAUAGAUCAAGACAAGAAUGAGGAAGAGGAAAGUUCGUAUCUGUUGCUGCAUACUCCAGGCAAACUCAUAUCUUAUAAUCUUAAGUGCGGGACGUACAAAUCUUUUGAGUUGACUCCCAAGGCCGGAGUAAAGAAUCAUCUCUUACGAGUUGAACCAUCUAAUUUUCGAUAUAUGGAGUCUUUGGCCUCUGUGUGA